AUGGCAUUUCACGUUGCUUGUCCAAUUACAUGUCGAAGAAUCUGUUUCUGUGCGCUAGGGUUUCCGCGUUCUCUCAAUGGAACCAUCGCCAACGACGCUGCCAAUGGUUUCCUCAACCACGUUUCUGUGCUCGGAGAUUUCAUUGCGGAUGCGAGGACAGAGGACUCUACGAUCCAAGUUGCGGUUCCCAAGGUUGUGCCGCCGCCUCCUGAGGUUGUUCCUGUUGGCGGUGAUGUGCUUGAUGAGUCCGCGUCUAUGAAAGCCAAGCGUGUUGCGCUUCAGAGGAAAGGUGCGGCUGCCAUGAUUGCGGCGGAGGAGUAUGCCAGGAAGUUUGAGUCUGGUGAUGUGCUGGAUACAUCAGGAAAUCUUAAUGGAGAAGAACUGGGUCAAUCCAAUGUUAAGGUCUUUUGUCGAAUGUGUAAUCGCGUUGAGAGUGAAGGAAGUGAGAAAGCGAAAAAGAUGCUUUCUUGCAAAAGUUGUAGUAAGAAGUACCAUAGGAACUGCUUGAGAAGUUGGUCUAAUAAUAGAGAUUUAUUUCAUUGGAGUUCAUGGACCUGUCGUGCUUGCCGAAUAUGUGAGGCUUGUAGACGGACUGGUGAUCCAAGUAAGUUCAUGUUUUGCAAAAGAUGUGAUGGUGCUUACCACUGUUACUGUCUGCAACCUCCUCAUAAGAAUGUUAGUACUGGGCCCUAUUUGUGCCCAAAACAUACAAAGUGUCACAGUUGCGCAUCCAAUGUCCCUGGAAAUGGACUAAGUGUGAGGUGGUUUCUGGGAUACACGUGCUGUGAUGCAUGUGGAAGAUUGUUUGUGAAAGGAAAUUACUGCCCUGUUUGUCUGAAGGUUUACAGAGAUUCAGAAUCAACACCAAUGGUUUGCUGUGAUAAUUGCCAACGCUGGGUACAUUGUCAAUGUGAUAAUAUUAGUGAUGAAAGAUAUCAUCAAUUUCAAGUAGAUGGAAAUCUGCAGUAUACAUGUCCUACUUGUCGUGGAGAAUGUUAUCAGGUCAAGAAUCUUGAAGAUGCUGUUCAAGAGCUUUGGAGGAGAAAGAAUGACACAGAUAGAGAUUUAAUUACCAGUCUGAGGGCUGCAGCUGGAUUACCAACACAAGAAGAAAUAUUUUCUAUUUCACCAUAUUCUGACGAUGAGGAUAGUGGGCCUUUAAAGUUAAAGAGUGAUUCUGCACGUUCCCUUAAGUUCUCGUUUAAGAAUUUUCCCAAUAACUCACCUAUUAAGAUAAAAGAUUAUGGAAAGAAAUCUUCAAACAAGAAGACUGCCAAGAAAAAGGAUUCUCUGUCAUACAUGACUGGUAAAAUUGAUGCACACCAUAGUUUUGAAGGACACAGUGAUGUUAAAUCUUUACAUAGCUUGGAUGAUGACGACAUGCAAUCCCAGAGAAAUGAAGGUCCUGAUGUUUAUUCAUCACCUGCUACUGGAAGCCUGAGUCAAACUGAAUUAUCUUUUCGUGUCAACCGUCCAAGUAUUUUGAAACGUAAGUUUGUUGAUGAGGUGAUGGUCAGUGAUGAAGAAAGGAAAACCAGAGUUGUUCGAAUUAAAAGCAAUAAGGCAAAUGUUUUGGAUAGUGAAGAGGAGAGUGGAAAACAUGGCGAUAAGACUCAGAAUGUAAAAGGGAAAAAGUUGGUUAUAAAUUUGGGAGCACGGAAAAUCAAUGUAGCUAGUUCUCCGCUUUCUGAUAAUGCAAGCUUCCAAAGAGAUCAAGAUCUGGUUAAUGCAAAUGGAAAUGAAAAUCUAGCCCAUUUGAUGAAGGGAAACAAGUAUGCAUUAGAUAGACACGAUGGAACGGCUAGACAUGUUGAUGGUAAAGGAAGUAGGGUUGACUCUGGCCAAUUAAAACAUUUAAAGGUUUCAGGAAGAGAAGGAAAUAUGAUCAAGUUGGGAAAAGUUAAGCCAAGUGUUUCUGAACUCAACUUCACCUCUGGUAGGGGCAAUGUGUCUGAUGGGUGUGAAGUUGAUCCUUUAGAGCGAUCUCACAUUAUGCGUGGUAAACGUAGUACUCAUGGAAUGAACAAUCAAGUUGGAUUAGAUUCAACAUCAAGAGGUGAAAGGACGUAUUUGGCGAGGCAGUCUGAAGGUAGCUCUGAUGUAUAUGACGAGACACAUGACAAUAAUAACACAUCUUCACAUUCUUUGCCAAAAGAUUCUAAACCAUUACUGAGAUUUAAAUUCAAAAGGCCUAGCAUUGAAAGUCAAAAUUCUCCCCAUCAGGAAGAGGAGAAGACCACCGUCAAGGGUCAGAGGUCAAAAAGGAAGAGGCCUUCACCUUUUAAAGAAAAAACAUUGUUUAAUGACUCUGAAGGUGUUAGUCAAUCUUCUGGAGAUAAUAUAAAUCACGAGAACAUGGAUGCAAACUGGAUUUUGAUGAAAUUGGGAAGUGAUGCAAUUGGAAAGAGAGUUGAAGUUCAUCAGGCAUCCGACAAUUCUUGGCACAAGGGAGAGGUUACUGACACAGUUGAAGGCACCUCAAAGUUACAUGUUACCUAUGAUGAUGGAAAAGUGAGUAUCUUGGAACUCAGAAAGCAGGGGGUCCGUUUUGUUCCUCAAAAGCAAAAGAGAUCAAAAACAUGA